GGCGGAGCGCCAUGAUUUUCUCUCUGGCCGCAGCAAAAGCCAUGAGCGGUGGUGGCGGCGACGGCGGCGGCCUCAACAGCUCGUCCCCCCUCGACCCGUUCGACUCCACCUGGAACCUCGGCGAAGAUCCGUCCAACUCCUCCGUGGAGCCCGUCGCGCGAACUCUGAUACCCGACCUGCAGCCGGCGACCACCGUCGUGGCUGUCCAGGAAGUCAGCCCCUGGGAUAUUGCGCUGUGCGUGACCGGGACGCUCAUCUCCUGCGAGAACGCUCUGGUGAUCGCCGUGCUGUUCUACACGCCCACACUGCGGGCCCCCAUGUUCAUCCUGAUCGGAUCGCUGGCAGUGGCAGACCUGUUCGCGGGCCUCGGCCUCAUCUUGAACUUUGUCUUCACGUACAUGGUGGACAACUCGGUGGAGUUUGUGAUGCUGCUGUCAGUCGGACUCCUCAUCUCGGCCUUCUCGGCGUCCGUCCUGAACAUUCUCGCCAUCACGGUGGACCGCUACUUGUCGCUGUACAACGCCCUGACUUACCACACCGAGCGGACAGUCACCUUCACCUACGUGAUGGUGGCGUGCAUCUGGGUGUCGUGUCUCGCGCUCGGCCUGCUGCCCGCGCUCGGCUGGAACUGCUUGAGAGACGAGUCCGCGUGCAGCGUUUGCCGCCCCGUGACCAAGAACAAUGCCGUGGCGCUGGCGGUCACCUUCCUCCUGGUCUUUGCACUAAUGAUGCAGCUCUACCUUCAGAUCUGCAAGAUUGCCUUCCGCCACGCGCAGCAGAUCGCGGUGCAGCACCAGUUCGUGGCCAUCUCCACCACCAAAGGUGUCUCCACGCUGUCGGCCAUCCUGUGUGCCUUCGGGGUGUGCUGGCUGCCGUUUGCCAUGUACUCCAUCGUGGCGGACUCCAGCUACCCUGUGAUAUACACCUACGCCACGGUGCUCCCGGCGACCUGCUGCUCCGUGAUCAACCCCAUCAUCUACGCGUUCCGGAACCCGGACAUCCAGAAGUCGCUGUGGAUGGCGUGCUGCGGGUGCAUCCCUUCCAACCUUUCCCUCAGACCCAGGACUUCCAGUGACGUGUAGCGCAGGAAAUAGUUUUUUGUUUGGCGUGACAGAAAACCGGCGAAAGGUUGGAAGGUUACAGCCAAGUAACGGCAUUCCUGGUGGCAAAUACCUCGCCUGGUCCACAGGGAGAAGGGAGGACAAAGAGAUAAAGCUAAUUCAAGACCAUGUCCUGUCCGCUUGAAGAAAACCAACAGUGGUGUUUGAUAAGUUUGCCAACUGGGUCCUGGGUAGCACAUAUGCGAGUAUGAUGAUUUCUCCACAGGACCUCAGCUUGGGGAACACGGUGUGGUUAUGCAAUCAGAGGGAGUGAAGUGGUCUUAUUAUUAUAAUAAUAAUAUUUGUUAUAAUAAUAAUAAUAACGACAAGGUACAUGAUUUCACGAUGGUUGUGUUUUGACAAAGACGUGGAGCUACGUUACGGCGACGAUGAUCUAGUGAACUACAUUUGCAGCCGUUUAUUUAUAGACAGUGAGUGAGAGAAUGACGACGGUUGUGUAAAGGUUGUCGUUUAAGAAAAAAAAAAAAAAGGUCAAUCAUACAUCGUCCCAAUCCGAUCUAAUCUAAUCUAAUCUGCCCGUGUCAUAAUGCAUAGGCAGACACCUGGAGUGGGUUUUCCAUAUUUAGGUCGACGUUUGCUUGUCCUUGUGUGUGUGUGUGUGUGGGAAUAAAAUCCGCCCCCUGCUGGAGAAAAAAAAACAAGUUUCUGAGCCGCACCCCCUCCCACGAAAUCACCCCCCCCUCCCCUGCUGUGACGCUGAGAGAGAGUGUGAGAGAGAGAGAG